AUGGCCGUGGGCACUGAUCAGACAAAGCAGUCUUCCACUAGAAAAAUGAUGAGAUUAUGUGGUAAAGUGGGCAAUAUGGAGGUGAUGAUACUGGUGGACUCAGGCAGUGUGGGUUCAUUCAUCAGUAACCAAUUGGCAAAGAAAUUGUCUGAUCAAGUUCAGUCCUGCUCAGCUUCUCAGUUCAUGACAGCUGAUGGCACUCCUAUGCUUUGUGAUAAACACAUCCCAAACCUCCAGUGGACCACUCAAGGCCACACAUUUGUCUCUUCAGUUGGUAUCCUUCCUCUGAAGUGUUAUGACAUGAUUUUGGGUCAGGAUUGGCUUGAACAGUGUAGCCCAAUGUGGGUUCAUUGGACCAAGAAGAUUACGAGAUUCCAUCAUAAAGGUGCCAGUAUCAAGAUUAAAGGUAUCAGACCUGAGAUCACUAAGUGUUCCCCUAUCAGUGCUGGUAAGCUCAAAGGAUUGAUCAGAAGACAUGCUAUUAGCCACUGUAUCCAGUUGACUGUUUCAAAACCUGCACAACAGUCUGAUAGCAGCUCAAGUUCAGUUUGUCAGCUUACUGAGGAGAUUGUGCAGUAG